UACAGGAAAGUCAAAGCUAAAAUCUGACUUCUGACAGCUAAAGUUUUCUCCUAACGUUUACUCCUAACUCGUUGUUUGGCACCAAUGGAUUCGGGUGAGUUAUGUUCAGAGAGGAUACGUUCCGGUUAGAAUGCUGCCGACCUGCAAAGGUGUUGCUGCAGUCCCGGGGCGAGGAGUCGUGGAGCCGGGGGAAAGCAAACAAAGUGACGGCCUCAGAGGAGCUCAAAGCGGGGAAGAGAGACGACAAGGCCUCGCUGUUCAGGAAUGGCCCGACGGAUCCAGAUUUGAGGGAGAGUUUGUGAACGGGUUCAAACACGGCAACGGGAAGUACACCUGGAGAAAUGGAGAGUUCUAUGAGGGCUCUUUCUACAAAGACUACAGGCAUGGAGAUGGAGUGUACUGUUGGCCUACAGGCCACAGGUUCACUGGCAAGUUCUACCUUAAUAGAAAGGAAGGAUACGGACAGCAACAGUUCCCUGACGGAGCCAGCUUUCAGGGUUUGUACCACGCUGACCAGAGGCUCGGUCCAGGUGUGGUUACCUAUCCAGAUGGGCGUAAAGAUGUGGGUCUGUGGCUUGGGGAACGCCUGCUAAGGCUCUGUACCUCAGUGAAAGAGGGCUUCAGCCUGGAGAAGUUUCCGGAAUAUGCUGCCUACAUGGACUCACCUGCCAUCACAGAUUCUAUGACUCAGCGUCCACGUAGUCCACAGAAAGAAGCCACAAUGGACUCUAAGGUGGAUAGAGAAAGGGAUCUGCUGUCAGACGAGAAUUUUAUCCUCCCCCCCGGCAUGGAGAGUUACUCAACAGAUGGUGAUCACUUGCCGCUGCCCCCUGGCCGAAGAAGAGAGCUGGAUCAGCACUUCUAUGGCGAGCUGUGGGAGCCAGACUCUUAUCCGCACCACGGCUAUGAGCGAGACCCUCUCUCCAGUCUGCCAUUACAGGCCCGCAUGCAGGCUCACAUACACAAACACAGGCUACAGGCUGAAAAUGUGGGCUGGGACGUGGCAGCUGUUCUCUCCCUGAACAGAGACAGUUCUGGUCCUAAAGGGCCUUUGGAAGUCAGUUCAGAGCUGUUGAUCCAGCACUCCUCCCGAGGGGACCUGCAGGCCGUGUCACAGGUCCUCCAGACCGGUUUGGUCCACCCUGAUGUGGCAGAUUCACAGGGAAACACUGCACUGUUAGCUGCCACAGUAAGACAUUACUGA